GACGCUAAUAAGUCAGUCUUAUUAUUUGUUCUCCAGUUUGAAAUAUUUACGUCGUAUAAAAUACAUAUUUGAUUCUUUAUUCAAGGACAAAGUGGUCUCGAUGCGCUAGAAGCACUGUGCCGCUUCUCGUGCUAUCUUUGCUUGUUAGUUAGCUUAGCUCGCUAGUUAGCUUAGCUUGUUAGCUGCUAACAGAAGACACAGAAGUUAUCAACACAUCGCUAAGUAGAGAUCAAGUGUGAGAGUAAAGUGUUGUGAUUGUGUGAAAAUGUCUACAUUACAAAUGUUGAGAGCGUUGGUGGAUCAGCGACUAACUGCUGCUGUUGAAGAAAUAUUUGUAGUGUUAGAAAGAACGAUAGCAGAAUACCAGGCGGAACUUUCUAGAACAAAGGAGGAAAACUAUCAACUACUGGACGCUGUUUUCAAGAAACAUCAAGUUGUGUCACACAGAACAGACAUCGAUGAAGAACAUCUUCCUGGUGAGCAGGAGGUGGAACCACAGUCCUCCAACAUACACGAGGAAGAAAAGGUACCACAUUCCCAACACAUCAAAGAGGGAGUAGAGGAGCCACAGACCCAUAGUGUUAAACUGACCCUUCACAUUAAAGGGCAAGCGGAGGACCCACUGAUCUUACACAUCAAAAAUGAAGAGGAGGACCCACUGACCCCUCACUUUAAGGAGCAAGAGAACCUGCUGACCCCUCACAUUAAAAAGGAAGAGAUGGACCCACAGAUCCCCUACUUUAAAGAGGAAGAGGAGGACCAAGAGCCGCCGCACAUUAAAGAGGAAGAGGAGGAAGAGGGCAUCAGUCAGCCUAAAUGGUUGGAGGAGUUCCCAGUGACUGGUGUCCCUGUGAAGAGUGAAGAUGAUGAGGUGAAAGGUGAAAGUGAGGAGAGGGGAGGGGGGGAGCCUCCAAGCAGCAGCUCAACACAACACAUGACAACAGAAGCUGAUGGAGACCACUGUGGAGGAUCACAAGCAGACAAGCUCUUAGCUCCACUAUCAGAUAGUGAGGACACAACGUCACACUCUCCUGACACUGAUGAUGAAGACUCUAAAGAUGAUAAGACAUGUCACACUGACAACACUCACUUCACUUGUUCUCUCUGUCACAAAACCUUUAAAUACCAUAGUCUUCUGAAAACACACAUGAGAAGACACACCGGAGAAAAACCUUUUAUCUGUUCAAUAUGUGGCAAAGGUUUUGUAGAAAGUCACAAUUUGAAAGUACACAUGAGAACACACACCGGUGAAAAACCUUAUGUCUGUUCAAUCUGUGGUACAUGUUUUGUACAAAGAAUCAAUUUGAAAGUACACAUGAGAAGACACACUGGUGAAAAACCUUUUAUCUGUUCAACCUGUGGUAAAGGUUUUACAGAAAGUCCGAGUUUGAAAGUACACAUGAGAACACACACUGGUGAAAAACCUUUUUCUUGCUCAGAAUGUGGUAAAGAUUUUGUUCAAAGUAAACAUUUGAAAGUACACAUGAGAACACACACUGGUGAAAAACCUUUUUCUUGCUCAGAAUGUGGUAAAGGUUUUGUACAAAGUCCCCUUUUAAAAGUACACAUGAGAACACACACUGGUGAAAAACCUUUUGUCUGUUCAAUCUGUGGUAAAGAUUUUACAGAAAGUCGAUGGUUGAAAGUACACAUGAGAACACACACUGGUGAAAAACCGUUUUCCUGUUCAAUCUGUGGUAAAGGUUUUACACAAAGUCAUCAUUUGAAAGUGCACAUGAGAAGACACACUGGUGAAAAACCUUUUUCCUGUUCAAUCUGUGGUAAAGGUUUUACAGAAAACUGGUGUUUGAAAGUACACAAGAGAACACACACUGGUGAAAAUUCACAUUCCUGUUCAAUCUGCAACAGAAGCUUUUGUCAACAAUCAAAGCUUGUAGCACACAUGAGAAGACACUCUGGAGAGAAAGUGUUGAGUUGUGGUGUGUGUGGUGAAAGAUUGUCUUCUAAGUACCAGUGUAAGAAACACAAGUGUGCUGGUGAGAACAGCAGCAGCAAAUGAAACUGCAGGAUUUGAAAUAAACUGUCCAGACUUUCAUUUUGACUUUCUAACAACAUCAGCACAUAUAACAUGUGUGACAUUGUUGUUUGUCUAACAAUCUGUUUAAUAUGCUUCUACAUGUACAGAUUAGAUAAUAUGAAAUAUUGAAGUGUGACAUAUUUGUAUUUGUAAUUGUUAAUAAUCCCAUAGAUUAUCACCUUUAUAUGAUAUACAUAUGUACUGGUUCACAUCUGAAACAUCUUCUGGACCACUUCAGGAAGCAUAUUAUUAUUUACUUUAUACAUCAUUUGAACAGUUGUCUUUUAUACAAUUUUAAAAUGUGUCUUUUUAAACCAUUUGUUGGGUCUCUAUAAUCAUUUUUAUUCAUUAUCGUCAUUACUCUGUAUUAUGAUGAUUGUGUUGUGAUUGUUUUAUAUGUAUGUCCCCAGACCUUUAUGCAGUAUACAAGUGAGAGAAAAUGGCAGAUUUUUUAUUUAAUUUUUUUGGGAAAGGAUGGUUUUGUUUUUACAAACUUACAUUUGUGGAUGUAUUACAUAUAUUGUGUUUUAAACCUUUUUUUAAUGUUAUUUUUUUCUUUUAUAACAUCCCCCAAUCAACAUCAAUAUCAGUCAAAGUUUGGAGUGUCAGACAAAAGCCAAUAUUGUACAUCAUCCCACAGAGAUUUACUUUAAACAAACAACAUGUUUACUUGAGCCACUUCCUGGGAAACUUAUCAAGGAGCUUUUUGUAUUAUUAGGUCCAUCAGUGCUAAAUAUUAUAAACUUAUCACUUUCCUCGGGCACUGUUCCCCUUGCAUUCAAAAAAGCGGUUAUUCAUCCUCUCCUUAAAAGACCUAACCUCGAUCCUGACCUCAUGGUAAACUACCGACCGGUGUCUCACCUUCCCUUUAUUUCGAAAAUCCUAGAAAAAAUUGUUGCAGAGCAGCUAAAUGAACACUUAGCGUUUAACAAUCUAUGUGAAACCUUUCAAUCCGGUUUCAGGGCAAAUCACUCGACUGAGACAGCCCUCGCAAAAUUGACUAAUGAUCUAUUGCUAACGAUGGACUGAUGCGUCAUCUAUGUUGCUGCUCCUCGAUCUUAGCGCUGCUUUCGAUACCGUCGAUCAUAAUAUUUUAUUAGAGCGUAUCAAAACACGAAUUGGUAUGUCAGACUCAGCCCUGUCUUGGUUUAACUCUUAUCUUACUGAUAGGAUGCAGUGUGUCUCCCAUAACAAUGUGACCUCAGACUACGUUAAGGUAACAUGUGGAGUUCCCCAGGGUUCGGUCCUUGGCCCUGUACUCUUCAACAUCUACAUGCUGCCGCUGGGUGACGUUAUAUGAAAAUACGGUAUUAGCUUUCACUGUUAUGCUGAUGACACCCAACUCUACAUGCCCCUAAAGCUGACCAACACGCCGGACUGUAGUCAUCUGAGGUCCUCUCCAAGGUUUUUCAUAGUCAGCAUUGUCACUGGCGUCCCACUGGAUGUGAAUUCUCCCUGCCCACUGGGUGUGAGUUUUCCUUGCCCUUUUGUGGGUUCUUCCGAGGAUGUUGUAGUCGUAAUGAUUUGUGCAGUCCUUUGAGACAUUUGUGAUUUGGGGCUAUAUAAAUAAACAUUGAUUGAUUGAUUGAUUGACUUUGCAUACAUUUUAAAAAUAAACUGCUUUUUUUGUUUUCCAAUCACAGAU